GUUUAUUCCUGCUAGAAAUUUCUCCUCUUUGAAACAUAAACUUGUUAGAUAUCACAAAUUUGAAUCUCAUAAUAUAGCCGUUAAAUCCUAUUGUGUCUAAACAAUGACUCCAUUCAUACAAACCGUCAUUUCAAAAUCAAAACCCUAAGUUUCACCCCUCGUAGUUCUGCUGACGAGUUCAGAAAUUAGAGACGGUGGUAUGGAUGAGGAAUCAAAGAAGAACCCAAAUGACACAAAAACUGUAAACACGAACCCUAUGUUUAGCCCAGGCUUCCGAUCCGUGGCAGAGAUGGCUGGCUGGGACGAAGAGGCGCUUCUGAAUGCAGUGGUGCAAGACACUCCCGACCGAAUUCUCGAACACCUGAAACGCUCCGGAAUCCUUAAUUUGACCACUCCACCUACAAAUUCAAGAAGGAAAAGGCUGGCUCAGAUGAGGAGUCCAAUAUCUGCAACUGUUCUUAAUCUCGAUGAAGCAGAAUGCGAGAAAGUGGAGACCGAUUCGGAGUGUGGGGGCGGCAAACAUGAAGUUAAUGAGGCAAAGGACAAGGACUCGAGUGACCACCCAUCAUUAUCGUUGCCCGUCGGUAGUUUAACAGAGGCGUCUGCACCAAUCCCUUGCAUGGAGAAACUUCGUGAAGAACUUUCAUGUGCUAUCUGUUUAGAGAUUUGUUAUGAACCAAGUACCACUCCUUGUGGACACAGUUUUUGUAAAAAGUGUUUGCGAUCUGCUGCUGAAAAAUGUGGGAAGAAAUGCCCUAAGUGCAGGCACCAGCUUCUUAGCAACUCAAGAGGUUGCACUGUAAAUACUGUUCUCUGGAAUACAAUUAAGUUGUUAUUUCCUCAAGAAGUGGAAGCAAGGAAGGCUGCUGCCCUUGAAGGCAGUAGAACUGGGAAACAAACUCCAGUCUUGGACAUAAUAAAUAGUCCCCCAGAUCCUGAGCAGCAGCAACUAGGAGGAAGCCUGGAAAGAAUAAAUUCCCAUGGUGCACGAAGAAGGAAUGCCAGGCUUUCUGGUGAUUUUGUGAGGAUUGUAAGGUCAAGAAGGGAGCUUCCAAGCCAGGAUGAGGAUGCGGCAAUGGCAUUGAGAUUGCAGAGAGAAGAGUUCAUGGGGGCUUUCUGCAGGGACUCUCAGGUAGUGCACAGAUCGAAUUCAAAUGGUUCUGAAGAACGGCGCAGGAACUCUAUUGCAGUAGUUAGAGCUAAUCUGAGAGCAAUGGCUUCAAGAGCAGUUAGUAUUCGUUCUGCAAGUCGACGAGGGAUAUAAACUGUUCAUAUUAGUAUUUCAUACCAGAAGCAGAAGCCAACGUGUUGUAUUGUACCAUUUUAUACAACUACUUACUAGUUAGUAGUGAGUUAUAACAAGUUCAACUCUUGUUUAUGGAAUGCUCUCAUGUUUCACUGUUCCAGGUUUACAAUCCUCACUUUGAUGGUGGGUUCAUCAAUCCUCACUUUGAUAGCAGGUUCAUCCUCAUGUUUAUACCGGCUUGAUGGAACUUAUGUCUUAACAGUCAAUCCUCACUUUGAUGGUGGGUUCAUCAUUCUGUAUUGGAUGGUUUUAUUAGUGGUCAUUAUUAUAUCUUGGAUCUUCCAAUGGUUUUCGGACUUGAUGGAACCUUUGAGACUUUGAGAGUGUUUUGUUUAAAAAAUUGUGUGAUUCAAAGGGUUGCAGAAUUGUCUGACUUCAUUAUGGUGUUAAGCUCCAGCAGUUUUCGAAGGGGCCGUGCUUAUUAUUAGGCUCCAUCAUUGGUUUUUGGCUUUGAUUGAUCUGGUUUCCAUUGCUGUGAUCCAUUCAUACAUACACAUGCCAUAUAUAUGUAAUAGUAAUAUACUCCGUGUAACUUUUACAAUAUAUACAUAUAUAAAUGUAUAUAUUAAUUAAUACUACGUACAAAAUAUGGAGUAAAUAUUAUUAUUGAAAAGAAAGACUACUUCUACUAAAAAAGUAAAAAAAAAAAUCAGUAGAGAAGUAGCAGAGCAGUAGAGGUUCUUUAAACGAGCUUGUUGUCGAGUUCGAAUAGUUCUUAUAAUCGCCUCAUUGUGCCUUCUAUUUUUGUUAAAGAACUAUUGUAAAUCCCUCGCUUGAGAGGAUGCAAUAUUCUUUUGGUUUUCCAAAUGUAAUUUUAUAUGAGUAGGUUUUAGUCUCAUUGUAAAUUUGCUAAA